AUGGAGGGUCAAGCAGGCGAGCCUCAGAGCUGCGAGGACGUGCGCAAGAGCGGCUACCUCCGCAAGCAGAAGUCCAUGCACCGGCGGUACUUCGUGCUCCGCGCCGCCUCGGAGCGUGGCCCGGCCCGCCUGGAGUACUACGAGAGCGAGAAGAAAUUCCGCGGCAAGGCCCCCGUCCCGAAGAAAGCGGUGGCUCUGGAGACGUGCUUCAACAUCAACAAACGGGCCGACUCCAAAAACAAGCACAUGAUCGUGCUGUACACCCGGGCCGAGAGUUUCGCCAUUGCCGCGGAGAACGAGGCGGACCAGGACGAGUGGUACCAGGCCAUGGUGGAGCUGCAGUGCAAAAGUAAGCAAGAGUAACACUACUAACAUGUGCACACUCACAUGCAUGCAUGCACACACUCAAUACUGUAUGAGGCUCUGCACCAGAGCAGAAACGUGGCAGGAGAAGCGCACUGCAGAGCUGGACAUGUUUUCAUGCAGGACUUGUUUUAAAACCAUCACAGCACCCACGAGCCAAGUUUGCAUAGUUUGUGUCUGUGGCGUGGGUGCACUCCCUCUGCCUUAAAAAAAACACACACAGAAAGAAGGAGAAGGUGUUCAUUUUCACACUUAAAGCAAGUUCAGGCUGUUUACUGACGGGUCCUUGUGUGUAAACAUGCCCCCUUUAAGCCGCACCGUGGAGCUUAUCCUCCCCACCAGUCCUUAUCAUACUGGUGUCAGCCCGAGAUAUUUGCUCCCAGUUCCCCUCCAGACUUUGCUAAGUUUCUCUCCUCUGUGGCCUCAGCUGUGUGCGAGCUAUUUCCCAACCAGUCAACUGCUCAAACACACCCUGUCCUUCUGUUUACUCUGCCUGUUUUCCUGCUGACACUGCAAUAUUACAUCAGACAUUGAUCCCACAAGAGGAGAGGAGCAGUCCCUAAAAGUAGCCAAAGACCUGACAGAUUCACAAACAUCACCUGAUUAGUAAUGGGUAAGUAGUUUAGUCUGCUAGGCUGACCCAGAGUUGCUUUAACUCACACCCUUCAAAAUAAAAUUACCCUUUUUCUCAAAUGGUGUCUAUCAGCCGCUGGGUAAACACAGCUGUCGGAGCAAUAGUCCUGAGCAAGGCCUCUUCAGAUCACCUGUUAACCCCCCAGGGACAACCGAGACGAGAAAAAGGGUCAAGGAGCUUCACUCGUGAUUAUGAAACUGAUAUUUCAUCGAAACAGACUGAUUUACAGGUGCAUCAGGGAGAGCUCUGCAAAGAUUCUUGUCUCCUUUCUGUCACUUUAACUCAGCCCAGUCCUCGUGUUUGGAUGAAGUUAAAGAUCCAAGAUAAGAGGGCGGACUUUACAGUGCGUUUGUGCAAUAAAGUCUCCAGUUUUUUUCAGUACAGUCAAUAAAUACCAGGCUGUUCAGGUGAAAUAUGCAGGUAAACAACAUCAGCAGGACUUUAAUCGUCCUCACAAGAUGCCCUGCAGGAUUCAGCCAAACAGUGAUUGUGGUUAUAGUUGACAAUAUUGCAAGCUGGUAUUAAGCUGCUGCUCGGACUGUAGCUCCUAAACAAAUGGUGCAAUAAAAAUUUGUUUUAUUUUAAUUUUUCUUACCGUUGAAAAAACGAAGCAGCCCCGUCAAGUGUGAUAGAAAAAUGCUGAUUUUUUUUUAUAGACUGUAUAUAAAAUGAAAGAAGCCACCACAAGAACAGCACCCUCUGGUGAUGGGCUGCAGUAUAGGUCAUAAAUCCCACCUCCUCCAGCAAUCCCUAUGGAGCUGUGGACAAACUUUAGAAAUGUAUUACUUUAGAAUAUAACUUUUUCUCCCCCUUGAUUGCGAUGUUGCCAUGUAGUUACUGUAAGACUGGUUUGUGCUCAAGUCCUCUUUUUUCUGUACAGCUACAUUUUUAAAAGUUAUUAGAGGGUUCAUGUUUUCUAUGAUUGACACCUGAUACAGCCUAUGGGCGUACAAAGAUUGCAUAGCUCAUACCAUUAACUCGGCGUGACUGAGACCAGCACAGCGGGGAACAUCGUGAAGUGGGUUGAACUGAAACUUGUUGACUUGUUGUGUAUUUCACAAACUGGUUUAUUUACCGUUGAGGCGGACCACUCUCCUCUGUGCGUCCCUGAGCUGCCUGCUUCAGAUCCGUCACUCUGCUGUGCUGUGAGGUAGUUGGUAGAUGAAGAUUGUCAUGAGGUCGCUGCGCCAUCUACAGGAUAAGUCGGGGGAACUUUUCAAAUGGCGGGACAUUUUUGAAGUGAAACUGAAUCUUAUUCUCUGCAUUUUAUUUCUGAAAAUGUUGGUGAAAAUCUGCGAGUUUUGGCAGGUUACCGAUUAGUCUCAAACAGGCUGAAAUUGGCCGGGCUUUAAUUGUCUUGCCGCUAAAUCGUCCGGCCCUAAUAUACUGUCUAUGUUUUUUACUUUUUGCUGGUUUUAACAGGCGUUACAUUCUGCUAGCGUUGCUCGGCUGUUGUUUGUCACACGGUAUCUAUCAGAGAGUUAUUCUUGUCCGUUUGUGUUUGCUGUAAAUACAAACAUUUCCACGGUGACUAACACUGAUGGUAUUAAAUAUUGAAUCGGGCUGUUUGGAGACAUUUCCCGGUCUUUCACACAACUCUUAAAGGUAACCAGACAACCGUCCGGGGGCUUAACCAUCUUCAUCAUAACUCAAGAGUCCGUCCGGGUCCUCCUCUCCCUCUUUUGUUGCUCUCAGUGUUGGAUUUCUCCUGUAAAUCAGCCUCACUGACAGUGACAAAAGACUGCGGCCGGCUGCUAUGUAAACUCUCACGCUGGCAUUUUCUUGUGGUAUGUGCUGCACAGUCUUUGCUCAUACAUGAAAUGAGGCCACACGCACACACACACACACACACACCCAUGCAUGAUUCAGCCGUGUUUGUGAAGAGUUUUGUAAGAGGGGAGUGGGCUGCAGGGUCACGGUCAAGUGCUGCCCAAACCUGCUUGUGUGAAAAUAGCUUAAACACACACACACACUGUACACAGAGAGGAUUCCUGCCUGUAAUAACCCUCCUGUGGUAUGUGCGGCUCAUACACAGUUUCACGUCUUCAGUGUUUAUAUGUUGAUUGAAACCCCCCCGCUCCCCUGACUUAUUUUCAGUCUCACACUCUACUGUCACUACUCCACUUAAGUGUCCAUACAGUCCGGAGUCCGUCCCAGUGGGAAGAGAGGAAUUCGCAGCCUGUAGACAGCGAGCUGGGCACGGCUAAACCCGAGAGAUGCUGCACUUUCUUUCUCGAAUAGUUUCCAGAGGGAGAGGGCCGCUCCUUCAAUCUGAUACCUGUCAGUCAGCGCAGAGGGGGGAGAGCUCCUGGCGGCUGGAUUUGGAGUUAUGGUCUAACGUUUGAUAUAAGGAUCAUAUAUAGGAUCAUUACCAUGCACCUCCAUGUUUCCAUUCUGAGCCUGGGAAACCCACUUAAAGCUGCGCAGGGAUCCACUAUCUCGCGGGCCCCCCCUCUCUACGAGCUGGCGGUAAUUACACAAACAUGAGCCAGCUGCCGUGUAGAGCGAUAUUAAAAUCCCAAGUUAUUUAUUCAGCUGAGUCCAGUAAGACCCAUUCGGGGCUGCGAGUACAGUAUCAGGCUGGAGGGCGGCUAUUUGCUCAGCUAUUAGGAGUCAGUGGAGUGUGUAAAGGCUUAACCUCGAUGAAGCUGGGCUGAGGUGAGGCCAACGAUCGCCGAGCGCCUGGAAGAUUGUCUGAAGUUGCUCUUGACCCGGAAAGACACAACAUGGCAGAGUCAUAUUGAGAGAGAGACAGAAGCUCCAAAUCUUCUCAAACAUGGAAAAAUGAUGUUUAUUUUAUAGCUCCAUAGUGAAAAAUAUAAAAAGUAAUCCUCAGUCAUUCAUGCGGAAUAGUUUUGUUGUGGUCUUACAGACUUUUUGACCUCACUUCAGUACACCAAAUCUCCAUGAAAUCACUUUUUCUGUGUUCAAGGCUCCAAAAAAAUUACAUUUGAAAUGCUUAGAAGCAACAUCUGUUUCUAGAUAAUUCUCGCAAAUCCACAAACCUCACUGAGAACAGUUUUUCCUUCGCUGCGAAUCUGUUCCCAGUCCAGUUUGCGGAUUAUCCUGUUGUCAUUUUUUACAGUUUCGAACACCACAAAACAAACCCAGCUGAUUCUGCGUCGCUAAAACCUGAAUCGCCGCCAAACUCAAACCUCAAGAAGUCACACCAAAACUCAUCAAUCUGGGAUGACACAAGGAAAUUUCUGUUAAUUGGGUCAGAUUAUGAACUUGGAUUCUCUGCGGAGUAUCCCCCCCUCCUCCCACGGGAUUGUGAUCUAGCCAUUCGGACCAAUGAGAUCUGGAUCUCGGCAGUGGCUCGCCGCUCUGCCCGAUUAAACGUUAAGCUGCUCUUAAGCACUGCUCAUCUCCCUAAUUAGGCGGUAAUUAUUGUCUCGAGGGUCAGCGGCUGCCUGGUGGCACAGCGAGCUGAGACCAUGUACUAACAAACUGGAAGAGGAGGGAGGAAGAAACGAGCCAAAUCUCAAAUUAGUGCCACAAGAUCUUUCCUUUCCCGCACAAGUACCGCUCCAGACCUGCCACUGGAUAUACUCUCUCUGCGUAAACAGUUUGCUCACAUAACCUCCUGUUUUUUAGUAACACAACAAGCAUGGCCGACUCUUUGUUGUUGGGAUGCAGCAUCCGUAAAGGAAUCAUCAUCCCCGUCUUAAAAGGCCUGAGUACUCCUCUUCCUCGGUGAAUUAAGUGCUCGCCUUUUGAUUGACAGCAGAGCAAGGCCAGAGGCAAUGAGAUCCAUUUAGUCGAUGAGUGCCCAUAUGUUGACCACGAUGGAGCUGCAGGGGUCUUAAAUGCAUAGUAACCUUUUAUAGGGGCCGCUAUUGAUUGCUGUUGGUUGAUACCAGACCAUUAUCGCUGUCGUAGACGUGGGUCAGGGGGUUCAUGUGCUGAGAUUUAUCAGCCUUACAGUGAGUAUGUUAGAGAGAAGCGAGCAGAGAAAUUAGUGAAAACCUGCCUCAUUAUCUGGUGUGUUACAGUGUUUCCCCUCAGGGGUGAAAUACAAGAGGCAGGAUUGAUUAGACUGUCUAUAAACAGGAGGGUGUUGCUUGUUAGUUUUGUUUGAAAGAAAGAGGCUGAUCUCGAUCGUCCUGUAUUUAAAAGUUCUCUUUGUAAUACGUUAAAAGUGAGAAAUACACAAAAAGGGGAAAAAAAAAAACACACUUCGGCACAAUACUUAACAAUGAAAUACAGUGAGAUACAGUAUGACUGAUACAUUCAGCCCUUUGAGGAAGGUAGUGUGAUACAGUAUAAUGUGAUACGAUACAGCACAAUACAGUGGAUAUGAUACAGUGGGGUGAAACAUGACAUGAUAAAAUACCAUGCAAUAUAAUAUAUGAUACAAGACAAUACGGUGCAAUAUGACACGAUACAUUAGAGUACUAUACAAUAUGAUCCAAUACAAUAAAAUACAAUAUGAUAUGGUGCAAUAUAUCAUGUAAAUUGCAUUACAAUGUAAUAUGAUAUGAUAUGAUACAAUAUGACAUAAUAUGAUAUGGUUCAAUAUAACAUAUCAUAUAUUGCAUUAGAAUGCAAUACGAUAUAAUAUGAUACAAUAUAAUAUAAGAUAUGAUAUAACAAUAUGAUACAAUAUUAUAAAGUGCAAUUAAUACAAUACAUUAGAAUACUAUACAACAUAAUACUAUUCCAUAUGAUACAAUAUGAUAUGAUAUGAUAUGAAACAAUAUGAUAAAAUGUGAUAUGAUAUGGUGCUUUAUGAUAUAAUAUGAUAUGAUACAAUACAUUGGAAUACAAUAUGAUAUGAUAUGGUAUAAUAUGAUGUAAAACAAUAUGAUACGCUAAACUAUGAUAUGAUAUGAUACAUUAGAAUGCAAUACAAUAUGAUACAGUGCAAUAUGGUAAAAUAAUAAUACCAUUUUACAUGAUAUGAUAUGAUAUGAUAUAAAACAUUUUGAUAUAUGAUUCAGUGCAAUAUGAUAUGAUAGGAUAUGUUAUGGCACAAUACGAUAUGAUAUAUGAUAGAAAACAGUAUGAUAUGAUACAUUUGGAUGCAACACAAUGAACAGACCAUGAUACAAUUCAAUGUUUUGCAAUGCCAUGUGAUUCGAUACAACAUGAUAGAAUAUGAUAAGAUCUGCUACAUUUUAUUGCUUCUUUAGGAAAACAGGAUGUGACAUAAUAUAGUAUUAUUUAAUAAAAUUAGAGUACCAUGAGUUCAAUCAACUGAAUUUAACUGUAUUGCCAGAUACAGGAAGAAAAAAUCACCAAUUAUAGUGGACUCAAUGUAGAGAAAUCAGUCACAGUCACUAACAUAAUGGUGGAGGAAACAGCUACAGGGUAUGAUUAUGAUAAUUUUCUCACCUCUUAGGAAAAUUUGUCCUGGACUUGACUUGAGAGGAUUAUAAUAAUGAAAGAAAAUCUAAUUUAUUUAGAAUGAUGAGGAGCAGAAUCAACCCAAAUGAAAAGUCCCUCACAGGGGCUUUAAAGAGGCUGAAAAUCACCAUCCUUUCAACAAACUGCACGCAAUUGGAAACCUCUUUGACAAUUUUUCAAAACCAAAUACUAUUCUGCCCAAAGAAAGCCCACUUAUUUGGGAGUUAAGCCCCUAAAUGGUGCUGUGAACUCAGGGGCUUAUUAGAAAAACACAGUGUUUACAAACCCCGAGCCAGACUCACCAGAAAAUCUGAGUUGUGUGCAAGUUUGGUCGGAUCGCCGAGCUGAUGUAGCUGAAGAAUACUUCCAUGGAGCUUUUUUUUUUUGCGUGUCUGUUCAAGGGACAGCAAACCUCGGAUGCGUCACAGAUAAUUUCAUAUGCCUUUGUGUGUUAUGAAUGUGCGUGUAUGUGUUUGCUCCUUUUGGCUAACGCAAACCACAUGUGAAAUUAACCUCAGGCAGGAUCUAGUGCUGGGGAAGCAUUGUGUCCCUGAGUGUGGGCCCAGAUAUGGGGGGAUUACAGAUGGUAGAGAUGGAUGAAGAGAUAGGAUGUGGAGGAGUUAGAAAAAAAGAGGGAUAUGGGUACACAUGGGGGCCAGAGAUUAGACCCUCUGUUUUUAAAGCUGGGUGGUUCACUGUGUUUUCCCUCUCUGACACAUGUGGAAACAAAACGCACACAGCUGUCCCCCAUCUAUCCACGCCGGUAACCUGGUAUGGCAUUGGGGAUUGUGGCUAUAGCGGGGGCACGGUAGCUGAGAUAGAGAGCUGAAAUUGGGGCUUUAGCCUGCAGAAGUUUCUGUGGUGUUAUGGCGCAGCACAGCAUGCUAGGGCAAUGAGGUCAGAAACUUGAAACAGGACCUAGCCGGGGCCAAAGGGUUCAUGCUGGAGUAGUUUCCCUGAUUUACAAGCUGCUUUAGCAAACCAAGAAGGUAGAUUUAUUAGGAAACUUGGUGUAAAUUUCAGAGUUGGUAACUGAAAUGCAGACACCGUGCUUUGGUUUUGUUCAGCUCCCUCCCGAUCUUAAAGCAACAGAAUCCCCCUCUCCCCUGUGGCAAAGCGCCCUAAUAACAAUACCCCCCUAUCCUGGUCUUACUCUGCUAGUGAGCCGAUACAAUCCCCAGGCCCUCGAGACCCCUAUGGAAGACCUACUUCCUCAGGAUUUGAGUGAUAACCAUAACAAUAAUCAGCCUGUCACUCAGGCAGGAGCUGUCAGUGUCCCAGCAGGCAUCUGGCCGCCCCCCUGGGGUAAAUAACGCACCCUUAUAGCCCCAGAAAAACACUCUCUCCCUUUAAGGCGAUGCGCAGCCUUGAUGGCAAAAUUGUAUCUCAUUUAAAAUCCCAGUUUGGGUAAAUUAGGUUAGAUUAUGGCUUUUUUAUGCACAGUAUGUUCUCAAGGGAGGUACCUCAACACGGCAAAUAACUGAGCAUGAAUAGGCGGCAGUGUUAGCAGCGCAGGCCGCCGCUCCUGAGCCGCUCGCAGAGCUGAAAGCGUCAUGUGUGGCCGUGGAGUAAACAGCUGGUGCGUGAAUAAGCCAGUGUAAGUUGUUUUCAGGUCGCUAAAACCAGACUUUAAGGAGUAGAUACAUGUACUGUGUGUGAACUCAUUGACCCACCUCAGAGGUGGCAUCAAGGUUGGGUGAGUGUUUUCUGCACCCAUCGCCCGUAUCCACGCAGCAACUUUAACGCCAACGCUUUAUUAGCUCCAGGUGUGUCUCUGCUUUCAUGUGCAUCCGCUGUUUUCAUCUCCUGCUAAGAGCCGUUUUCAGUGCGUGUUUUUCCUGAGGGCUCAUUACGCUGCAUAGGGGUUCCUCCUUCCACGCGGAAGUUGACCGCCUGAUAACCUUUUUAUGCAAAGCAGGAGUAGAAAUGUAGCCCUGGCGGAAAGCCAGAAGUGAUCUAUAAUUCAUAUCGCUCCAUAUAAGACCAACCUUGGCUUUAUGUAAUCACUGGGAGAGGUCUGCGGUGGUCCAUACGGCUAAAUCAAUCUGCACCCCUCAAGGAGUCAGAGGAAAACCUCUUAGAGGGUCUCAGUGCUCUGAGGGUUGAGAGUACAUGUGUGCAGCCCGAGUGGCCCUGAAAUGAAGGGUGUUUGUGGAGGAGCCACAGCUGAGGUUUAAGGCUGCACUGUACUCAAUACAAACAACACUUGUGUUCGGCUGAAGGGGAAUUAGAUGAGCUCUUGAGGAAGGACACGAUACUCCCUGAGGAAUAUGUUUCUUUGCCAUCUUAGCCUCUGCCGUCUUGACUUAUAUGAGAACUUUUGGACUUGAUUCAAGCACUUGGUGUUAUCACAAAGACAAAAAAGUCAGCUUUUGGUUUUUGUUGAUUACAGAUCAUAAAGUUCCUUAUAGGAGCUUUAAUGUUUGUCUUAUUAUUUUAAUGUGGAGAUAGGAACUUGGACUUUGUGCCUUUAUGUUUUGAUACACUGAAAGUCCUUCAGAAUGACGGGUACGUCUUACGCAAUGCAGUCCAGGUGGCUCAAGGGCGACUUGCAUGUUAAAGUUUAUACAACAUCCAUCCAUAAAUCUUUCUGAAAACAGCUUCUGAGAGAGUUAAUAACUGCCUUUAUAUGUUUUGCAAGACAUAAGGGGGCGAAUUUAGAGGACAAAGUGGCUGUUUACAGUUUUUCUGUCGUCUUUUUUGUUGUUUAUUUUCCCUAAGCUCCUGAGAAAUUCUUCGUAUCUCCCUGCAAUCUCCUAGAGUCUCAAAUUCUCCCACAGCCCCCGCUAAAAAAUCCCCAAACCAUCCCUUCCUGUUGUAAAUCUAAAUCGAGGAGGCAAACAGGGCUUCUUGCACACAGUGUACAUGAAACAGCCAUGCAUGGCCUUGAGUGAGUCAUCUAAUAUAGGGGGGGAGUGCCUUCACAUUCACACACACACACACACAUAUAGCCACUUAGCCACAACCUCUGCUGCUUUCAACAAAACAUCUAUUUUGAGGCGCUUUCAAGUUCGCAGCGGUCCCUCAAUUUUAGGGAAGCAAAAAGAAGACUUCUCCGUCUUUUGCAAUCGCGAGUGAAAAGCAGAUCUUGGGAAAUGUUUCUUGCACUGGAAGCUCAGCUAAUACGGCGUCCGCAGUCCAUGCCAAGACCUCCUGUCUGCAUAUGGUUGUCAUUGAAGGAUUUGCAGCCAAAGCACGGGAAAGGAAGAACAAUGUACAAGCGUAUACUGUACGUGCAAUUUUAGGGUUACGCUGCUCUGUGAUUAGCCUGAUUUGGCCAAAGUCAUUGCUUAGCGUAGAAAGCCACGUAUGCUUUGAGGAAAUAUAGUCUUUCAUUCAGUUGCUUGUCAGAAAGUUGCCCUAAUAUGCCAGAUGUGGAGGUCUAAUAAGACAGGUGCUACCACAAAGAACAUCCUGUACCACUGAAGCGAACAAGGGAGCCUCUCCAUGAAGGUUUUGUUUCUUCAGCCUUGUCAUGUCAGUGAUUGAUUCAGUGUUGAAGAAAUAUAGCUGUCAUGCUUAGACAUAUCCAAUCUGGCUGUUCCACGGAGAAUCCCAAGAAAUGUGAAGGAGAAAGGAACAUUUAGGGGUGGAUGUAGAAGUAGAAGAAGGAGGAGGAGGAGGAGGAUCCGCCCUAAAACAUGACUCAUAAUAUGGUAUUUCUUUAAUCCUGUGCUUUCUAGUAAACAGAUGUAAGAUCCCGUGUUGCUAAGAGUAAAAGAGCUUAGAGGUAAAUCUGAAAUAUUUAGAAAUGGUGUCAAUAGCUGCUGACAAUGAGUUUCACAGCUUGAUAGAAUUAAGGUAAUUUUCUGCGGUAAUGGGCACAUUUCCUGCUUUAGAUUUGAGAACAAUACGGUGACUUGAACACUAAACAGGCGAUCAAACAUCGUUAAGUAGUUAAGUAAGUCUCCUGCCUUUAUUUGGCCCCUUCCAGCCCAGGAUCAGAUCUCACCAAGAGCUUUCUCUUCUGUGUCUCCUGGCCUCAGUCUUUCACUCCUGUCUGAAUACAGAAUACCAAACACAAAAGGGGAAUGGACUGCCUGUACUCUCACUGAAAGACACCAGGUUUUAUAAGUUUACAAAGCCGGUUUAUAGUCCGCAGACCAGCUCUAAAAACGGGUGCUUGUUUAGUGCUUUCUCUUUGGUAUCUAACCAUCUUUUAAUGUUGUUUGAUUUGGCUUUCGAGAGGAAUCACCUGUGAAGCAUUUUUUGAAGUUGGUUGUUUUCCUCCAUAGUCAUCAUUCUUGUGUUAGACCUCAGUUGUCAGCAGUUCAGUUUUUUCCACACUGUGGGUUUGUGUUUAUGCAUCAGGGUGUCUGUGUGAGUGACAAAUGAGACCCCUGGUAUGGAGCCUGCGGGUACAGUAAGCAGGUCUCACAAGUUCCUGCAUGCGCUAGGUGAACCCAGAUCUGAUGUAAAAAUCAGUGAAAAGCUCAAUUUCAGCAGAAGAAAACUAAAGUCACCUUGCCCUCCCCUCACAGGUAAAUAGUGGUGGUUUUUCCUUUGUUCAUGGAUACAUGAGGGUCGUGGCAAUGCUUUGAUGGAGAGUUUGUACUCACCGGUGCUGUUGUCCCUUCUUUUGAUGUCUUCUCCAUCACCCACUUCAACCAUCUUUAAUCUUUUCUCUCUUUUCUGUCUCUACAGGUAAGAACCCCAUUGACAGCGGGGCAGGGGGCGACUACGGAGUGCCCAAUCCUGGGCCUGCUUUCAAGGAGGUGUGGCAGGUGAAGGUGUGGCCCAAAGGCCUCGGUCAAGCCAAGAACUUGGUGGGCAUUUAUCGCCUUUGCUUGACAGACAAAACAGUCAACUUUGUCAAGCUCAACUCUGAUGCUGCAGCUGUGGUGCUGCAGCUGAUGAACGUCCGGCGCUGUGGCCAUUCAGAGAACUUCUUCUUUGUUGAGGUGGGACGCUCAGCAGUGACAGGCCCGGGCGAGUUCUGGAUGCAGGUGAGCCUGUAAUAUAAAACCCCUUUAUCUUGUCAGCUUUAGCUCCAAGUCCCACCCACAUGAAGACCCUGUCAUGAACUGAGUCAAAGAAAGUUACAAACUGAAUUUACAGUCCAGUUUACCCAAUUCUUGGUUGAAGGGGCAACUGGACUUGUUUGAGGUUCUUGAACAUGUUUUGCCUCUCUUCCAAAAGUCAUUCUUUGUCCAGUCUACGUGUUUCAAUAACUCCCAGGAGGUGUGCGACUGAUGUAAAGUUAAACAAAUCCAUUGGGGAUUGUUUAGCUACAAAGAAUCCUGACAAAUAGACUUUGAAAUUAACUACAUGUAAGAUUCAGGUUUAUUGUUUUUGGUUUCUAUGUUUUUCUUAGGUUGAUGAUUCUGUUGUGGCCCAGAACAUGCAUGAAACUCUGCUAGAGGCCAUGAAGGCUCUGAGUGAGGAGUUCCGUCAGCGCAGCAAAUCUCAGUCCAACUCCGGCCCUGGAGGAGGUGCUACUGCUUCGAACCCCAUCAGUGUUCCCUCACGCCGCCACCACCCAAAUCCUCCCCCCAGUCAGGUAGGCUUUACCCGCCGGCCCAGAACAGAGCCUCCCGGGGGAGCCAAUGGUACUGCAGGAGCUAGCAGUGCCAAUGCUUCUCCCACCCCACGGCACAGUUUUCCAAGGUCUCGCACUGCUAGUGAUGGGGGGAAAGCUGAGGAAGGAUUAGCAGGGGCCACGCUGAUCCAAGGUCCAAGUUCCAGUCCCUCCACCAAUGGCUCCUGCUCAACCACCCCAAUCCUCAGGUCAAAAUCAGCGCGAUCAGCCUCCACCACAGCUGCUAAAACUCCCCUUGGGUUGAUGCGUUCUAUCUCUACACCAGCACCCUCCCCAGCCCCAAGCCUGUCCUCCAGUUCUGGACAUGGCUCUGAGUUUGGGGGUGUAACAUCAACCACAGCUGCUGGUCCAUCUGGUGCUUACAGUCGCGUUCUCUCACACCGCGCAUCCGUCUCAGGCUCACCCAGUGACUAUGGCUCCUCAGACGAAUAUGGCUCAAGUCCUGGGGAUCACACACUACUCCCCUCACCAAGCCUUCCAGGGAGCUCUGUUGGUAGUGCUGGCAGCCAGUCCCUUGGUGACGAAGAAGCGAACUAUAUCCUAAUGAGCCAACGUAGUGGUGGUGGUGGUGGUGGUGGCAGCAGUAGUAAUCAAGGGAGCUUGACCUCAAGCUCUCUACCAGCACCAGGAACACCUUCUUAUGGCUCUCAGCCCCAAACCAGGCGAGUGCUGCGCCGCUCCUCCAGCCGUGAAUGUGAAGCUGAACGUAGGCUACUAAGCAAGCGGGCGUCUUUACCUCCUAUGGCUCUGGAGAGGCUGGCCCCACGUCAGCGUAGAGCAGAGGAGCCAGCAGAAGAAGACUCAGCUGAUUACGCCAUAAUGUCAAGGAGCACUAGCCGAGAGUCUUUUACCUCCACGUCCUCAUCCACACAGAGGGAAUCUGCCAUGAGUGCUGGUUCAGCAGGGGGAGGAGGAGGGUAUUUGGAUGUGGCGGGGGAGUUUAGAAGUGAAGGGAGUGGAGGAACUAGUGGUAAUGUAAAUUUAGCUGUGGACAAUGGGUACAUGUCCAUGCUUCCUGGUGUCACACAACCUCCAACAUCCUCAACUCAGUCAGCAGCUGUCUCUGUUCCAGACUCAGACUCUAAACCUGGAGGUGAUUACAUGGCCAUGACCCCAAACAACAGUGUAUCCCUUCCUCAGCAGAUCCAGCCUCCGCCAACUUCUGAUGGCUAUAUGAUAAUGUCCCCCAACAGCAGCUGCUCCCCUGAUCAGCGUGGAGGUCUUUCUGGAGGGGCAUGGGUAGGCAGUGGUAGUGCAGACAGCCGGGCAGGUAGUGAUUACAUGAACAUGUCUCCUAUCAGCGCACGUUCUGUGAAUGGUAGCCCUCCACCUCCUGAAAACACAGGACAGUCAGAAACCAGCUCUCAACAGCAAGCCCCCAAGAUGGUGUACUCUUACUAUUCCCUCCCCCGGUCUUACAAACAUAACCCCACUGCUGGACACUUUGACGAUGGGCCUGGACGAGGCAGAAGGCCCAAUGGGAGUGGUAGCAGGGGAAUGGGUGGAGGUAGGACUAUGGGAGGGCGUCAGGAGCAACCAGCAGUAGGCAAUUCUGUAGUUGGACGCCUGUCACUUUCUUCAUCAUCAUACUCUUCAAGCUCAGCCAGCAGUGAGAGCCUUGGAGAGACUGAGGACCGACCUACCCAGGCUGUGAGCCCCAUGUCUGGGGGAGUGCAGUCCAAAGACGGGAAUAAGCUCCAGCAAAGACGAGGAUCUAGUGGAUUAUCCAAGCAGGGUAGUCACACUAGAAACAGACCAGUGAGCUUAUUUGUUGAUGUAUCUAAGGCCAACACCCUCCCAAGGGUCCGUGAGAACCCCUUGCCCCCAGAACCUAAAAGUCCUGGGGAGUACGUGAGCAUUGAGUUUAAAGAAGAAAAAGGCAACCAGACAGGGUUUGGAGGAGGACGUGGCAGGGGUCUCAGGCAUGGCUUGUCAUUGCCACAUGGCACAAGUAGCAAGCAACCUCAAAAUAGGCCAACUUCCUGCCUGGGGAACUUUAUCCCGCUUUCGCGUAGCCCCUCUGCCCCCAUCACGCCACCUGCAGCAUCUGAGUAUGUCAACAUGGACUUGGGCCCUUCUCCCUCCCCCUCACCCCUGUCCCUUACCCCACUAGUUUUUCCCUCUUUCCACACACCCCCAACACCUCCAACACUUGCUCAUGCGCCCAAAGCCUGUGAUGAGGGUACUACCAGCCCUCGUGAAGAGAGGGCAGAGGUGGCUGAGACCCCACUCAGGAAAAGCCGAGAAAGUGUCCCAUCCGUGACUGAAUCUGAGUCUCCAACAUCCUGUGGGGACUACACAGAGAUGGCCUUUAGCUUAAAUAACAACACCGUCCCCAGGCCAUCAUCAAGUGUGUCCCCCAAAGCCCCCUCCCCCACCAGAACGGAUCCCACUGUGCCAGUGCUGUCACGGGGUCUAGACUUCCCCCUAGCCAAACCGGGACCCAACCCUGAUCAUGGGGCCAAAGUGAUCCGGGCCGACCCUCAAGGACGCAGACGGCACUGCUCAGAAACCUUCCUUGCCUCACCUUCCCUCCCCACCUCUACCUCUACUUCCUCCUCUUCCACCGCCUCCCUCUUUCCAGAACAUGCCCAAGCUGUGGCCCGCCGGCUUGGAUUUGACAGCAUGCUGUGGGGUAAUGGUGCUGUGACUGACAACCCCGCUCAGUAUGCUCUUCCUGGACAAGCAACCCUUCCCACAAACACUCAGCCUUCCCCUUCGGAGCAAGGCCUGAACUAUAUUGACUUGGACUUGGCCAACAAGGAGAGCCCCCAUUUGGGCCUUGAUGGACCCUCAAAUACCCAAGCUGCCUCACGCCUCUUCUCUGUACUGGGCGGAGGCUCUGGGGUUGUUGGAGUUAGCCCGGCGGUCAGUGGCAGCAGCAGCUCAAGCCUCAACACGUACGCCAGCAUCGACUUCUAUAAAUCAGAAGAACUACGGACGCAUCAGAAUGGAAACAAGGAGGGAACAGGUAAGAGCUGCUUUUAGUCAUCGUGAGGGAUUCCCAAGUUUCUUUCCAAUACCUUCUCUUGAGUAUCACUUGAUUCAAAUGUUCCUGUAAAAAACUCGCAGUAUCUGGUGUUGAGAAAUGAAGCUAAAGCAGAAAUGUAAAACACUGUAGUUUCUAGAGUGUCCACUUGAGGCUCAAGUCUCAAGGCGACAAUAGCAGGUGUGUGUUAGUAAAGCAGAGGGACAGAAUGAGCGUGAUUAAAAGAGGUGCUGUAGCGAGUGUUUUUUUUAAACUUUUCGUCUCUCAGUGUUCAGAAAGAAAAGAAAUCACGGUGCUGCUUAUAAUGAAACUUAACCUGACGCCAGAUUAGAACGAGGACAUGACUCUGUCUGCAUAAUCCACAGCAACAGGUGUACAGUAUACAGGUUGCUGUGACUUUUCAUAAUUAGAUUUUCUCUGUGUGUGGAUUGGUGUGCUUCCAGAGUCAUACACACUUUAUAUCUGAUGUGAUUAUAUAGGGCGCCAUAGACCAGACAACCUAUUGGAAUGUCACUGAAUAUCAAUAUUCAGUGAAUUACAAUGGAUUUUUAGAAGCUGCACCACCUCCUCUGUGUUUUUUUUUGUUGUUGUUCAGGAGAUGUUUGUUACACGUUUAUGACAAGUGGCAGAGCCCUUACGCUCUGGAUGAGCCAUUGUUCUCCACCGAGUUGAGCUGUCACAUACAUCUCACUGCAGCGCGACUCUCACUAAAGAGAAGCAUUCAGACCUACCGCUGAAGCAUCCCAGUCUGAGCUCAAUAAAUCUGAACUUUGACCCUGUUUUCCGCUGACCUGUCAACCCAAAGAUCCUCUAGUGUGGCAUUGGAAGACGGCGGGAAGCGAGUCCAUCUACUUCUUAGAAAUGAUGUUUGUGAGGAAAGUAUGCAGAGUUGUAUCAAGGUUGUCAGGGUUUUAGAUCAGGCUGUAAUGAUAUGGGAUCAUCAGGGUUUAAACGCGCCACUCAAGCGGAGAUCACACUGGGCUCAAACUUUCCAUCUGUGAGAUCCACAUGUGAGAUUCAGGCUCAAAAAACUACAGUUUUAUUGUAGAUGCGGUGCUGUCAAACCUUUUUUGUUAGAAAGGGAGGUCACCAAGGCCAGAUGAUGAAUCUUCAUUGUGUUUACAUUUUUCCUACUGUGAGGGGCAAUUUUCUAGCUGUGGGGGACCACCACAGCUAAACAAUGCCUCAACUAGGUCACUGUGAGACGUUUCCUCAUCCAAAAACACUCCCUUUGAGCCACCGUCUGCACUAAAUUGGCCUGUUAAGAAAUGGACGCCUGCAGCUUGAGCAGAUAGAGCAGCAUUUAAAUGGAGAUGUGGAUUUAUAUGGAUCAGUAAAACACUCAGUAGCCUUGGUUAAGCUUCCACAGUGGGGCUCUUGUGAUAAAUGCAUCCUGCCAGGCCUUGUUGUUUAUGCAGCUCUGCUUGCCUCUGCAUGAUUUGUACCUCAGGUUGUGUUAGACUCGAACCUCAUGGGGUUUUUGCGGUAAACAUUUCAUAGCCGGGCUCCUCAGUCGGAUUUAAUGAAAAAUGUAAGGGCAUUAGCAAGAAUUCAUCAUAGGAUCUUGCGGCGAGUGAAGCUCAACAGUUGGUUUUCAUAGACUUUGCAGAUGGAAAUAAACUAUCAGCCUGCUUCCAUACGUCGCCAUGUUGGUUUUAUUGGGAAGUGGAAGCCAUGUUGGUGGAAAAAGGAGGUGUUGCUGGGUGUAUCUUAAAUAUAAAUUCGACCACAGUGGGACCAUAUGGGCGCUGGCUGUGGAGUAUGUCAGCGGGACAGCAUGGGGGGAGAAUGUUACACAUUGGCUGUGAAUGUUGAGAUGAGGCCAGUGUUUCACUCACACAGCUCUCAAAUGCCUCUGUACAGUGUUCCCCCUCCUUUCAUCCACCCCCUCAUGCCGCCUCCCCCUCUUUCCUCCUCCAAUAAAUGAUCCUUUUGUUCAAGUGUUUUUGCCGCGGUGGGCAGACGGCAAGGCCGAGCCCCAAGUCUAG